UGUAAUGGGUGAUUUUACUCUAAGAUUACCUAAACACAUGGAAAAAACGAUUCUGCGCUAAUGCGUUUUGUCUAUGUUGCGCGUGGGCCAGAGAGAGAAAACCAAUAGUGCGCUGACAUCCUCUUAAGAAAUCAAAGUUUUAACAUUGUGCUUAGGCGAGUUGCCCGACCUGUAUAUUAGACCGUGGUUGAUAUUAUUGAAUCUAUCAUAACAGAAUGCCGAAAAUAUGAAGAUAUAAGAACCAAACAUCACAUACAAUAACAGAUAGGAGAAGCACUACAACCAGACUACUAGCAUAUAUAAGCAUCCACAUAAACUUCUUAAAAGAAAAUAUUAAACCAAAAUGGUUGUUCCUUGUCAUAACGUAAAAAUCAAGAACUAAAGUCUGUGAAUAGAGAAAAGUUGAAAGCUGAAGUUUACGAAUCAUAUUCUAGAUGUCCGGAGCGCAUUCGAGGUCUGCAUGUGUUCGGGAACUGAACAGUGAACAAUUGACGAUGGCUGAUUAUCAAUAUGGAUUGUCUAAUAUCCAGGACAAUCAUAUUCUGCAUCAAGUUAUUGCUGAACGAAGAAAAAUGUGCGAAUCCGUCAUAGAUGACCCAUCAAUGUCGGACAGUGACGCCUGGUGUCCCGGAGAAUUUGAUGGCUGGACGUGUAUCAACCGGACAAAGGCUGGCGAAGUAGCAAAAUUUCCAUGUCCUUAUUUUAUUUUGGGGUUCGAUACAAAACGUUUCGGUCAGAAAACGUGCAUGCCAGAUGGCUCGUGGUUCAAGCAUCCGGACAGCAACAAGACGUGGUCAAACUACACUACGUGCGUCGAUCUGGACGAUCUUAAGUUGAGGAAUCAAGUGAACAUGAUCUACAAAUGGGGCUACACCGUAUCGCUGGCUGCGCUGGCGGUUUCCAUAUUCAUAUUCUUUUAUUUCAGGAGCCUCACGUGCACUAGGAUACAGAUACACAAGAAUCUAUUCAUAUCGCUGGCCGUCAAUAAUUGUCUGUGGUUGGUGUGGUACGAAGCGGUGGUCGACAAUUUGCCGGUACUGAUGACGAACGGGCUGGGCUGUAAAUUGCUACACGUUCUGGUCCAGUACUUUCUGGUGGCCACGUACUUUUGGAUGUUUUGCGAGGGGCUGUACUUGCACACAUUGCUGGUGGUCACGUUCCUCACCGAGUCCAAAGUGAUGCCGUUCCUGCACACGAUUGGCUGGGGCAUACCGGCACUGUUGGUGUCCACGUACGCGGUUCUCCGGACAGCCACACCCGGCGAGACUUUACAUUGCUGGAUACACGAAUCUCUUUACUCGUGGAUACUAUCGGGUCCGGUGUGUCUGUCGAUGUUGGCCAACCUCGUGUUUCUGAUCAACAUCGUCCGACUGUUGCUGGUCAAGUUGCACGCCCGGCAGAUCACCAUGUCCAGUCCGAAGCACGUGGCGCCCAGGGAACGGGCGCAAUCGUUCAGCCUCCGGAGCUUCAAACGGAACAACUGCAGCGUGGACAGCUACGACAAGGCGCCAGCGUCGUCGAGUAGGACCGGAAAGGCGGUACGGGCCACGCUCAUCCUGAUACCACUACUCGGGUUGCAGUACAUCGUUACGCCGUUCCGACCGGAACCCGGCACUUCCUGGGAACCCGUGUACCAGGUCACAUCCGCGGUGGUCGCCUCGUGCCAGGGUUUGUGCGUGGCUCUAUUGUUUUGCUUCUGCAACGGAGAGGUACUCUCCGAAAUGAAGAAACGGUGGAAACACUGCUGGAUCAACAAGAACGGGUCGUGGAAUCCUUGCAUGAGAGGCACGUCCGUCUCCUCGCCGCAACACCACCCACGGCUAUUGGUGACCGAAGAUCAGCAGACCCAGAGGACCGGAAGCAUACAAGUAUUGCCGCGAAAAGAUUCUGCCGAAUGUUUUCAAAACGUUCAACUCUAGGACACACACAACACGCGUUACGACAUUAAUAUUAUUUUUUUCCUGUACAAUAUAAUACGUGUAAUAUAUCAUGAUAUAAUAUUUUCCCGGCGCUCUUCA